AUGGCCACGUUCUUCGGGGAGGUGGUGGCGGCCCCGUCCCGAGCUGGCGUGGACGAGGACGACGAGGAGGCAGCGGCGCGAGAGGAAGCGCCGGAAGACCGGGAGAUUCGCGAGGAACUCGGGAAGAAAAGGCAGCCUUGUGAAUACCAGUUAGGGGGCACAGACUUCAGCCUCCAAGCCCAGCUAAGUGUUAUCAUUCGCUUUUGUUUUGUUUUUAUGCUCAGGGAAGUCCACAUUCUCUGGAACGCAGCAUUCAGUGCAUCUACAGAAAGCUCUUCAGAUCAUCAGUUUCCUUGCUCAAAGUUCAUAUUGGGUGUAGGACACAAUGCAGCAGCAUUCUUGUCUUCAUUUGUUUUGAAUUCUGGAGACUGGGAAGUAGUUGGAUCUGUCAAGUUGUGGAAUGAAUGGUGCAGAACAUCAAACACAACCAAUGUCCUGCCUUCAGAUUCUUUCUGUUUGUUCUAUCGAUUGAUUUCAGAUCCUACAGUUUUGUUGUGCCAGUGUACUUGUUUUGUGGCUGAGGACCAACAAUUUCAGUGGCUUGAAAAGGUUUUUGGACGCAUGCAGAAGACAGAUUUCCAAGUAGCUGUUUUUUCAACAUCCUCCGUUACAGAUUAUAAAACACCUGAACCAACCUUAAUGCUUUCUUCUCCUUUUCUGAAAGCAUUAAAAACAAAACAGUUCAAAGACAAUGUCUGUUGCUCACUUCUAGAACAACCAAAUAUUGUACGGGAUCUCCCUGCAGCAGUUCUCAGCUACUGUCAAGUGUGGCAAAUCCCUGCAGUGCUUUAUCAGUGUUAUACUGACGCCAUCAAACUGGACAUCGUUACCAUUGAAGCUUUCAAGCCUGUCCUGUCUUCCAGAAUCCUGAAGAGUUUGGUUAAGGACACUUCAAGAAGCACAGAAACCCUGGCAAAAUUGAUGACAACAACUGAAAUCAACAACAUCUACACUUAAAACAAAAGAUUUUUCUCUGCUCAGUGCUUUUUAAGUUGGAUUCCAUUUCGGUCUUUUAAACUGAAGCCACUUUGGUUGGACGCAUUUGGUACUUGUGGCUGUUCCAUUAGAGGCAGAAUGCAUGAAUUCUUAUACCAUCCACUGACUUGUGGGAAGGGG